AUGGCUGCGCCGCUACGGGAGGAAACGGGCAUUUGUGCCGAGCCGGAAAGCCCCAGCGCUAGUGAGAAAGGCUCCGACGACGGCAGGUCCUCAUCCGUGUCCCCUCCAAUAUCACCGUUCCAGUUGCCGAAGGGCAAAAAAGGGCUCAAAGCUCAGCGCUUCCCCGGCGGCCGAGGAGAAAUGGCGACUUCCGCCAUUGGAGUCGGCUUAGUUAAAACUGAGGACAUGGACAUGUUCAAUGAUAUGGGCGCACCACGGCAAAAGAGGCAGAAAAUAACUUACGGGGCUUCGAGGAGGACCGCAGAGACUGUUGGUGGUGGUGAGAGUGGUAAGGCGAAGAAGACGGUGGGGUAUGGAGAUCGCACCACGACUUCGUCCUCCGAGCGGCUUCCUGGGGAGGGUGCUGGUGGUGAGAACGAGGAGCGAAGGGCUGGAAAAAGGUUAAAGACGCUUGAGCCAAUCGCAAUGUCUCCGACGUCGCCACGGCUGCAAUCGAAGGCAACGUACGUGGAAACUACCGAGACAAGAUCUCCAAGGGGAAAUCCCAAAGUCAAGUUUCGAGGUGGAAUUGAGCCUGCGGUAGCAAAGGGAAAGGAGAACAGUGUGAUACUCAAGACGUUACUCCCUAUCCACCCUCCUCCACAGCCUAGGACCCUGCCGAAGGUCAUGAAGUUGGCUCCAUUACAAGCCCCACACUCGCCGAAAGUCUGCACACGAGGGAGUUCGUUAUCAACAGAGUCUCAGUAUUGCGAAGUAAUUGAUCUGACAACCUCUUCCAAAGCCAUUACAUUGAGCAACAGUAAAUCAGAUACGCUCAGUCAGGAUGGGCCAGAUACGCCUACAAAAAGAAGAACCCUCAAAGCUCUUCCAUCCAUCGACAGCGGCAUCUCCGCGACUCUGGAUUCUAAGGCCACUGUCCCUCAAAGAUCGUCAAGACGCAACAAAAGUCAAGCCGAGCGCGCAGAAAAUGUUAAAGAGGGGGAUGGUGUCCGCAACGGAAACAUCAAAGUCAGCAGCCCACUCGGCUUUGAUGACCUCGAUGAUGAUGAUGAUGAUGACGACGACGAUAACGAUGGGUGCAAUCCAAAAGGAAAUUAUGAGACCCCGGCGAAGUGCCCCAUCUGCCAGGCGCCGGUGGACAGGAUCUUACUCGAAGAAUGGCAGGGCAGCGGAUCGUACAUGCGCAUCCGUAAGCAGAUGGCCUUCUGCGAGGCACACCGGCGCGCCACCGCAUGCGAGGAGUACGCUGCGCGAGAAUACCCGGAGAUCGACUUCGAUGCGCUGGUGGGUGUACCAUUAUCUUCGCCUAAUGAAAACAGUAACGGCAACGGGAGUGGCAGUGGCGGACGCAUUGAGCGCUUCCGGGACGAGUUAGUUGCGAUCGUGCGCAAGGAGCGGCCGUCGGCGUUCAGGGACGUGGCAGAUGCCGCAGCGGCGAAGGGAGAGGGCAGGAACCUGAAGACGACAUCGGAAAAUGACAAGGCGUUGGCCGGCAUGAGCGUGGGCUACUACGGCCCGCGGGGCAGGCGCCUGAUGGAAGAGUGGGUCACCAACGAGCUAGCGGGCGAGAUCAGGCUGCAGGCGGGUCGGGACCGCCUCAUCGGAUUCAAGACGGUCAGCGGGUUCAUCCAGGAAGUACUCGUACCUGAGUUGGCGAUGCGGUUGGUGGCAGAAGAUUUGGAUGUUGGAGAGGCAAGGGCAAGAGAGGUGUUGAGGGAAAGUGGAGAGAUUGGAGAGUUGGUUAAUGGGGUGGACGAGGGAGAAUAUGAGGGGGAGAAAGGGGCUGAUGAGGCAAGUGGGUGCAUGAAGGAUGAGGAUGGCGGAGAUUACUGA